UGCAGUGACACAAAUGUGCAUCAAUUGUCAAAGGUCAGCUUGGAGAGGCAUGUUUCAAAUACCUCACUGGUACUUGAACUUACAGGACUUGAUUAUAAGAGCAAGGAUGCUAAAUAAGGCAUUAGUCAGGCCUCACUGGCAGUAUUGUAAGCAGUUGUGGUCCUUUGUGUUGACACUGGCGAGUCCGGAGGUUGUUUCCAGGAUGAUUCCAGGAAGGAAGGGGUUAACGGAUGAGCAGCAUUUGAUGUCGCUAGGCCUGUACUCGCUGGAGUUCAGAGGAAUGGGGGGGGGGGGGGGGGAAGAACCUCAUUGAAAUCUAUCGAAUAUUGAAAGGUCUAGCUAGAAUGGAUGUGGAAAUAUUUCCUUUAGUGGGGGAACCUUGGACCAGAGGGCGCAGUCUCAGAACAGAGGGACAUCCUUUCAGGAUAAAGCUGAGGAGGCUUGUCUAUAGCCAAAGGGUAGAGAAUCCGUUAAUUCAUUGCCACAAACACAGUGGAGACCAAGUUAUUGAAUACAGAGGUUGAUGGGUUCUUGAUUAGUCAGGGCGUGAAAGCCUGCGGGGAGAAGACAGGAAAAUGGGGUAGAGAGGGAUAAUAAAUCAGCCACGAUAGAAUGGCUGAGCAGACUCGAUGGCCCGAAUGGUCACGGCACCCAUGUCUACCUAUUACAGAGCCACGAGUCCACGGUUCUCUCAGUCAGUGCAGGCACUUGAUGCAACUUACACAACAUGGCGGGCACUAGAUAAGGCGCAGGAGGGUUCAGUGUGUAUGUCUGCCUUCGGUACUGUGCAGAUUCAUCUCGACUAGGGAAAGCAGGGACCCACUGUACCAUGGAUCGGGCGGCAGAGGAGCAGGGACUCCGUCUGCACGGGGAUGUGACAGCGGAAUAAAUCCAAGCCGCGUUGUCUCACUCGGGCAGCGCACAAUGGACACGCUCCACCGGCAUGAAAAAUCGCUGCAGCCACCAGACCCGGAGCCAAGUUGUUUGAGCCAGGGAUGAUCGCGCCUGCUCCGGGGUCGGCUGACAACGGCGAAACCCGUUUCGGAGCUCCCGGGACGUAAAACCCCGCUGUCAUCCCUACGCUACCAAGGUUAGAUAAGAAGGGGCGGGAGGGUGGACGCCGCUGUUCAGACAUGUCCCUCGGAGGCAGGAGCUGAGCUGAGCCGAGGUGUCGCCCGCACACUCGCACAUCUGAACCGGUUCGCUCGGCCGGCAGAAGUCCUGGUUUGGUCACCUCCCCUCUGGGCGCUCAUCGCCUGUUGCAGCUCGUAAACGUGCGGAAGCUUCCGCUUCUGGGUGCUGGUAACUUUUCUGCCCCCGGAUCGCAGCCCGGCUCUGGGAUUUUCAGACAGACCUGGCGUGCCCCUCUGCCCCCAUCCUUCGGCGCGCAAGAAGCAGUCCGGGAUUCUGCGGACGCGCAGUUCGGAAACUCUUCAAAGAGGCAGUGCGUCAGCCCGGAGAACUUUUGGGAACAAAAUUCAAACCACUCCCGACAGAGUUGCGAGGGAAUUCGAUUGGAAGACUUCACCCCCUCCGAACUCGGAAUCGCGUCCCGUUUUAACUUUGAGUCUGAGGUUGGGACAGAAGUGUGGAGAAUGCAGACGGCUGAACUUCCGCAGCUUCCAGUUCCCUGUCUGCCAAACGGCUACAUUUCAAUGUCUCUGAUAUUUAUAUUUCAGCUUUGUCAGGGCGAACUCCAGAAGUCAGCCGGGGGGUCGUUGUUUGAGACGGAGGAGACCACCAGCUGUCAUGAGCUCUGUUCGUGUCGACCACCCCCGUUACCCCCUCCGCCGCCACCCCCUCCUCCGCCCAGGCAGUCGGGCUUUCCAAUUGUAAAGCCGACAAAUUAUCCGCCAUUGAAGCCCUGGUGGACGGACAUGGUGAUUGUAAUUGCAGUGGGCUGUGCUACGCUUGCCUUCCUGGUAGUGGCUGUUAUUAUCUGCUACAAAGCAAUUAAACGGGUUGGACCACUUCGUCAGACUGAGUUCUACCUUCAAUGAUGCAAAUGCCAGAUGAUGUCAAAUUUAUGAACAACAACAUAUUUGUACUGCAGUGACUACAUUCUGGAUCAAGGUUUCUACUGCUGCCAAUUAUGCUACUAAUUUACUAAUUUGAGAGCCUGCUUGACUAUUAUCUUAUCAGGAACACUUUUAAAAUGAAAUAUUACCAGUUACCGAACUCCUAAAGUAACAAAACAUUUCAGUACAUAUUAAUGUCAUACUAGCCGACAUCACAAUGAAAUACACUGUAGGUGUAUUAACCAACGUAACUCACAGGAUUAUGCCAUUAACUAGAAUUACAGUGGGCCAGAUCAAGCUUGUCCCUCUACAAUCCCCACUGUUUUUGUUUGCAUUUCCACUGAUCCUGGAGGUGGUGUGGAGCCUCUCAGCCUUAGAUGGGGGCUUGAGGCUUUGACUUCAAUUGACUGAUGACGUUUUAACCACUCACUGUCUUUAAUGACUUUUGAACUGCUCUAAAGUAUUAGAAAUUAAUUAAAAUAUUUCAGAAAAUAAAGGGAAAAACAUCUACCAUUCCAACAAAGCUAAUGAUCCCAUUCAAAUGAAUGGGUCACUCUUAUGUCCAGUGAUGAGAGGCCAGGUUUGGGGCACAUUGACUGCAUCAGCUCGUAUCAGUUGAGCUCUGUCCCUGGGUGCAGUUCUGUCCACGAGGAGAGCAGAAGAUCAGAUGCCUGUCUUUCAGAACAUUCCUAACUAUGACAUUAUGACACUUUAUGGAAUUUGUGAACAAGCUGACCUGUGCACUAUAGAGAUGUCAGCAAAUGGACAGAACAAUUCAAACUAUUAUAUGAAUAAUGGUGCAUUUCAUCCACCUGUAAAGGAAUAAUGGAUUUUUUUUAAAUCAUAAGAACUACAAUAUAAUGUGUGUAAACCAUAAUUUUUCAGUAUUUUAUACAAUAUAUGCAAUAGUUGCAAUGUUAAAUAUUUUAACAGUUACAGUAAAUUAUU